CCUGCCCUUGGGGCGGCUGCCCCUCCCCCACCCCGGCCACCAGGGACCUGGGCUUUGUCCUCGUGAGGACAAGUAAUGUCAAGUGAGAUGUUUUCCAGUGCAGUGAAAGGCCCAUCGUAGCUGGCCCCCAAGCCAUGGCCGGCCUGAGGCACGGCCGCCCCACCUGCAUCAGGGCGGCCUUCAGCUCCGCCAGCACCAGGGCCGGCUUCCGCAAGAGGCACAGAAACACACUCCAUCGCUUCAAGGCCAAUCACAAAAAGAAUCACAUGGACUUAAUUGAAGGUAUCUGGAGAGAGUUUUUAGAUCCUUUCGAUGGCGAUUCAGAAGACCCCCCCGGUCACCCGGCCUCCAGCCACAGUGACUGUUCUCCGAGUGACGCGAACGGUACUGGGCCUUCCCACGCGCUCAGGUGCGGGAGUCCGGGAGAAGUUCGCUUAGAAGACCCUCUCUCGUCCAAAACCGCAGACCUCCCGCUGAGAGCGGCCAGCCGGGGCCCCUCGUCCCUUGAGGCCAACGACGUGGAUAUGCAGCCCGUGGAGGCCAGCAGUCCCGAGGCCCGAGGCCGGGCAGCCCGGUGCUCGGGGUCGCCGGAAGACUGGAGGAUGACCGAGGACCCGUGGCCCAGGGCAGCUGGCCCCCUCCUCCCCGCCGCGGGCCCCCCGGAGCCCUGCCGCCCUGCGCAGAGCAGAACCAGAGCCGCCCGGCAGCCACCCAGAGGUGAGAAGGACAAGGGACCCAAGAUCACCCUCUCCAAGAGGAAACUGGAACUUCUACUUGCAGAGCCUGAGAAAACUAAGAGAAAGAAGCAGUAUGUGGCCUAG